CGGAUUCCGAAUGGAUGACUAAAAAUAGCGUUGGGAAUUUCUAGUAGAAAAUGAAAGCCAGCAACACAGAGAGAGAUUAUGGGAGAUAGACUCGAUGAUGAACCUAACAUUCCUUUGCCGAGAAACAAACUUAGUACUCAAAAGGUAGCCGGAGAGACAGAACCAGAAAAAAGUCACCAUUCCGCGUCAAACAUACCGUGGAUACGUACAGGUUCCAAGUCUGUCCAUAUCUACCCUUCACAGGCACAGAAUGACAGGUCAAUUCCAGAUAAAAGGUCUGUUUCGUUGCAACAACCGGUCAAAGCCGAGCCGGAAAAAGUCUUGACGAACAUUACAUCUUCAAACAUCAACACUGAUCUAGAACCAUCUUUGACUGUUAACAACCUUCCGUUUCACAACCAGUUCACGUCUAAGCGGCAAAGAGGAGAUUCAAACGAACCGACUGACCAUACGGUCCCUACUAGUCAGGCACACACAAUAGAACACGAUGCACGACCAAAAGAAGAUAUUACACGUGUGUUGGGCUCAAAUGAUGUUGCCGUGGAACCCAGUUCUGUGGACAACCAUGAGCAUGCCAAACCUACACAGGACGUUUCUGACUAUGACGUCACUGUGGAUGACCAGUCGACAUCUUUGAUCAUGUCUAAAGCGGGUCUUCAGACUCUACUGGAAAAGUUCCAGGAUUUCUUACAACAGGCUAACGACUUACAGAGGAGGAACGAAACCUUUCUACACAGCAUUAGACAUGACGAUAGAACAAGCCGUGAUGACUUGCAGCGACGGCUAACUGAAACGAAAGAUAAUUUGACACACUUAAAAGACCGGAUCCAAGAUGGCGAUAAAGAAUUACGAUCCUUGGAGGAAACGGUUGGACAGGUGGUUCGCAGAGUAGACGGUCUGUGUGAGGCGUUUGAAAGAAAAAGCACCGCACAGAGUGCAAUAGUCUUCCACGGAGAUGGAGACAAACAUUCACACGGACAUAGAGACAAACAUUCACGUCAUCGUCAGGAUAAGACGACCGAUAGAAGAGAUCGAAAACAAUUGACCAAUCAAAAAGACCAACACGAAACGACUCAUCGAGAAGAAGACAACAACAAACUGGACACCGACGACGGUCAGCCUCGUGACGAACAAUUAGGUCGAGGAGAUGACAAUAGCCACCAUAAAUACGACACAGGCUCUAGACGACAGACAGAAUCCAAACCUAAUGAUGGAGAUUCUCCCUCAAAUGUACAUAUAUCCACUGACAUCAGCGGACUGCAUGUAGAGUCGAAUAGUCCACAUAGAUCUGUACAUGUAGCAGAUGAAGGCGAAACGAGACGUCAAUCUGCUUCGUCUUCUUCUGAAACAAGCAAAGAUAUUAGAAAACCAAAGAAAGGUGAUGUAAACUCGGCGAUAAGUACUGACGUUCACGAACGAAACAGAAUCAAUUCUAAUGUUCCUGAAAUGAAUGAACCUCAUGUUGAUGACGUGAAACGAAAUUCAAGGGCAAAGUCUAAGUCGAAAUCUGGGGACAGAAGAAGGUCGAAGUCGAUGUUAAAAAAGGAAUCUUCAGUAAGCCGUGAACAGAAAGUAACGCAGCUAAGGUCAAAGCCGGGACAGUUAAAAUGUUCCGAACUAGGCUUUAAAUAUAGGAAAACGAAAGUGAGGGGGGAUAACAGGGUGAAGGUUAUACGUCAUGAAGUCGUCUUACGUGGUGGCGCCACAUGUGAUCUGGUAGACAGCAACAUUAAGUUUAGAAAUCCUAGAAAGGAGACGAGUACCAACUCAGAAGGUGCAAAAUACGCAUCACAUAAUCCAUUCUUUGACGUACAGGGUGAUUUUGACGCUUUUGACCUACACUCGGAUGUGUCGGCGCUUGGAUUAGAUGCGAUGAGUAUGACAGAGGCCGAUAUUACGGCGUCAAACAAUUGGGUAUCGAAAGCUAACGAGGAACGACGAAGAGGUACAUUUCUCGCUCCGUAUCGAGGGAAAGGCCCCGACACGGUGCUGCUUUUGGAUACCUCAGAAAGCAUGCGUGGUCAGCCGUUCAACGACAUGAUUCAAACUGCCAAGCAGAUCAUAGAUGGUAUACAGAACAUAAGUAUGACAAUAGGUGUUGAAGAAAAUAUUGGGAUCGCUGUAUUUGGACAAGAGACGACCGUUUUGAGGCAUUUAACGAUGGAUUAUGUCGAUCUGAAGUCUUCUUUAGAUACACUAAAAGCCGCAGGCCCGAGUCCGUUAUCAGCCGGCUUUGUGAUGGGUCUUGCAGCUUUAUUAGGAAACGCAUCCGGUAUUACGAGCGUUAAAAACGUACCACUCUCUCCCAGAGUUAUCCUGAUUAGUGACGGACACGCUACACUAGACAGAUCAACCACGGAGGAGAAGUCGGAAAACGCCUUAAUGACUUCGCAUAUACGGCUUCUACUGCUGCCAGUCCUGAAUGACCACGCCCAUCGAGGAAACCGCGUGUUUUGUGUACCUGUUGGGGACGCUAAAAUGGUCUACUUCGAGGACAUUUGUAAACAGACGAAAGGAAGGAUUUACUUGACCAGUGAUGUCCACAGACUUGUUAAAAUGACCCAGGCUGAGGUUUCUGCUAUAGAGAUGUUUGAAGGGCUGAAAGGAAAUAACAGGGAACAGAUGCUAGAAAUACUCACCGCUGGUUCUAUGUAUGGGUCCUCCGUCCAGCAGGAUGCAGAGGACAUCGUUGAUUACAUCGAGUACCUGAGAAAAAGAGACACGUCUACAAUGGGAUUAGAACAACCAAUGCAUAAGGAACACGACCCAAAUAUGCCCCCGAUAGGGACGCGCAUGCGCCGCGGGUCGGCUUGGAAGUGGGCAAACCAGGACACAGAGGGACCAGGAACUGUCAUUGGGCAUCAGAAGAACGGAAUGAUAUGGGUUGAGUGGGACAAUGGCUUUAAGAAUCGGUAUCACUACCAGCCCGGCUCCUACGACGUGAAGGAGGUUGAUGAACCGCGACAGAUCCUUGGGGACCACUUGAUAGCUGUCGGCUAUCAGGUCAAACGAGGUAUUGACUGGACUAACGGUGACCAGGAUGGCGGGCAAGGCAGCAUCGGGACUGUGUUUCUAGUGAAAGAAAAUGGCAAUGUUGGGGUUCGUUGGCAAAAUGGUCGUAUGGAUAUCUAUAAAUUUGGUGCGGAAGGACGAUUUGAUCUUGAAAUAUGUGAUCCAAAUACCACUCCUCGUCCUCGUGUUAAAACCGGCCGGGAAGGUUCUCCGAACGUUCAGACAGGUGGGAAUGAUAGCUUGCCAAGGAUUACUCCGAGAAACGAUCCAUCGCUCACAAUGGUCCAACCGGAUUCCAACAGCUCCCGACAUAUAGAAUCAUACUUGCCGUCCGUGGAGGAAAUGAAUAGGAAAAAUACGUCAUCUACGUCAUCUGCGUCAAAACCUCAACCAUCAUCUACACAUUCUAAAGAAAAAGUUGUUUCGUGUCAAGAUUUAGGCAGUGGUGAUGUUGAAUCGUCGGUAAAGCCUGACCCCUCUGGUACCGACUACCGCGUGAAGUGGCAGUACGCCAACAGUGAAGGUCAGUUCAAAGACUACCCCGGUAACGUCAAUGGCAAGAUGGAGGCUACAUAUAUCAAACGGCCGAGUGGGACCGUCAUCAUCAACAUGGACGGUGUGGGGUAUAGAAUCAGCUUCACAAAGAUGGUACAAGUUGAAAUCAGUUCGAAAGAAACAGUAAAUAUACGACGAACAGUGCUAGCAUAAAUGAGGUCUUACGACUACUACCAUGGCUGUUGAACCGAAAUAAAGUGACUACCGACCUGGGAGAUUCAUUGAAUUCUGAUGACUACCACCAUUGAUGGUGAAAGGAAUUCUACAUGUUACGACUUCCCCAACUGGAGUUUAAAGACACAAUUAAAACAUAAGAAAAGGUUCAUAAGCAUAAACAAAAAUACUACGCGUGUCUUUCAUUAAAUGAUUGGAAUGCUUUGAAAAUGUGUUAAGCAGGGAAUGUUUAGCAUUACUCCUAAUACCACGAACAGGCGGUCUAAAGUGGUGUGGUGUCAUUAUUGGUAAUACCACGAACAGGCGGUCUAAAGUUGUGUAGUGUCAUUAUUGGUAAUACCACGAACAGGCGUCUAAAGUGGUGUAGUGUCACUAUUGGUAAUACCACGAACAGGCGGUCUAAAGUGGUGUAGUGUCUCUAUUGGUAAUACCACGAACAGGCGGUCUAAAGUGGUGUAGCUAUAUAUAUAUAGUGUCACUAUUGGUAAUACCACGAAAAGGCGGUCUAAAGUGGUGUAGUGUCACUAUUGGUAAUACAAUAUAUAUAUGUGUUAGACACGUCUGUAAGGUGUCUCGUACAGACUUGUAUAGACUUGAUAAAUGAUGUUACUGAACAAUGUAUAGACUUGAUAAAUGAUGUUACUGAACGAUGUAUAGACUUGAUAAAUGAUGUUACUGAACAAUGUAUAGACUUGAUAAAUGAUGUUACUGAACAAUGUAUAGACUUGAUAAAUGAUGUUACUGAACAAUGUAUAGACUUGAUAAAUGAUGUUACUGAACAAUGUAUAGACUUGAUAAAUGAUGUUACUGAACAAUGUAUAGACUUGAUAAAUGAUGUUACUGAACAAUGUAUAGACUUGAUAAAUGAUGUUACUGAACAAUGUAUAGACUUGAUAAAUGAUGUUACUGAACAAUGUAUAGACUUGAUAAAUGAUGUUACUGAACAAUGUAUAGACUUGAUAAAUGAUGUUACUGAACAAUGUAUAGACUUGAUAAAUGACGUUACUGAACAAUGUAUAGACUUGAUAAAUGAUGUUACUGAACAAUGUAUAGACUUGAUAAAUGAUGUUACUGAACAAUGUAUAGACUUGAUAAAUGAUGUUACUGAACAAUGUAUAGACUUGAUAAAUGACGUUACUGAACAAUGUAUAGACUUGAUAAAUGAUGUUACUGAACAAUGUAUAGACUUGAUAAACGACGUUACUGAACAAUGUAUAGACUUGAUAAAUGAUGUUACUGAACAAUCUAGUGCAUUACUUUUGUUUUCUUUUUUCUGUUCUGACAUUCGUCAGUGCUGAUGAAAUGAAAUUAAUAAAAUAUUGAA